AUGACCGAGAAAACUAAGUUAACUACUUCGAUGGGCAUCGAAGACGAGACAUACCGACCUCCUCGGGUCUUUAAAGAACUAUCCGACGCUCUUCCACCAGUCAAGGCAAAGAGCAUGAUAGAUUCAAACCGACUUGCAUCCUUCGAAAGCGCCUAUCAUAACAACACUUGCUCUGUGCAGGAAGUCACCGAUAUCCGCCGCUUUGUCCUCGACGGGUCUUUGAUGAUCAGUGAUCUGGACUACGUACUCGCAUCUUUGAGCAACCUUAGAGCGGAGCUGGCAGAGUCUAUGCGCGAGUCGUCGAGGCUUAUCUCAGCUGUGAACCGUCUACCGGUCGAGAUCCUUACAGAAAUCUUCUUCCUCGUUCGUACUCGACCGCGACCAUCCCAUCCUGCCAUUGUCAUGGGGUUCAACGUCUCCUUCAACGCUGCUCAGGUCUGCAAACGAUGGCGGGACAUUGCUCUUGGAACACCACGUUUAUGGAGCCUCAUUCACGUGAAUGGGCCGAGUGCCCUCCGGAAGGGGGUACAGGGGCAGAUAGAUAUGCUUUCCCGAGCGGCGCCCGUUUUCCCCUAUCUCAUCGUCGAUUUCCCGGAAGGACCAUCCAAGUUCCUGAGGAAGUUUAGCCGCGGGCUACUAUCAGAUUGUAGGGCAAGAUGCAAAGGCGUGGAUUUGUAUGAUGUGUCCGCCGAUAGCAUGAAGGCCCCCAGCUUCUUAUACAGCAAAGUGCGGAAGCAGCUCUCACGCUUUGGUCAACUGGAGAGGCUUACCAUCAUAGGGUCCCACCUCAACGUUACCACUGCCGCGUUGCACACGGACUGGCGGAGAUUGACACACCUUCGCAUAAAGAUAAUACGGACAAAGGAUGUCCACACUUUCUUCUCCGUGUCUGUGCUGCCUAGUCUUGAAUCCCUUGUGUUAGAAUGUUCAGGAUUUCGUCUGAAUCCCAACCCACUCCUCAAGAAGUAUCCUAACCUCGUCGAUUUCUUCGUUCGGGGUCGCAUUUACUGGGAGCCUAAACAAUUCUCACACGAUCGGCUCCGGCGUAUUUGUGUUCGGCCCGCUAAGCAUCCCGCUGACGGCGCAAGUUUAUUGUCGGCAGCCACUCUUCCUGCACUGACCGAGCUUUCGAUACCCAUCGAUGGAAGGACGGAAGCAUGCCUGAAGGACCUUUUUCGUCGCUCGGAUUGUCACCUAGCACGCCUUUAUCUCACUGGCGACCAUCGCCAGCUUCAUAAUGGGAGGGAAGUAGCGAAUGCGAUAGGGGCGGAGCAUUCGAUCCCGUGGGUGGAGUUUAGUAUUCGUCACGGGCACAUGCAGAUGAUGCGAGAGCUGAGAGCCAGAUGGUACGAGCGAGACUAUGUUGGAGAAGUCGAGGAUGAGAAUGAUUAG